AUGCACGGGUUAACGGUGGCAAUCACGAUCAUCGCGAGUAUCGUAGUGCGGGAAACGCGUGCUCAAGUGAACCGGUCUCCGCAAUUUCUCGCAUCGGGAGAUAUGAGCAAAUUUUCACUGCGGGAGGACACGUUAAUCGGAUCCGUUGUGUACACGUUGCGAGGGCUUGACCCCGAAAAUCAGACGAUUGAGUACAGCAUUAGUGGAGAUAAUUUAAGUGUUAAUAGAUCCUCUGGUGUUGUCACUUUGAUCAGACCGUUGGACCGAGAGAAAGAGGAUGUGCUGAAUGUCAUCGUCACGAUAGCUGACGCCGCACCUCCUGGAGUGGAUCCGAAUAUUGUUUCGUUAAGACGUCAAGUUCAAGUCCUCGACGUAAACGACAAUAAGCCAGAAUUCCAGGAUGUGCCUUACAGUUUCAGAGUUCCUGAAGAUGCUGCUGUGGGAACUACACUUUUUCGUGGAAUCCGAGUGACUGAUGCCGAUGCGGGCUCAAAUGCGGAUAUUCGUCUUCUGUGUGAUUCCUCAAAGGAUUCUGAUGCUUGCGGCGUUUUCGAUGUUCGGUUGUCGCGGAUUGGAGACGGAAAAUUUAUGGGGAUUGUGCGGCUCAAAAAGAAACUUGACUACGAGUUGCGAUCGUCGUACAACAUCCCCUUGAUUGUCGCGGACCAAGGAGCUGAGGUGCAACUUACAUCUGAGAUCGGAAUCGUUGCAGACGUUGAAGAUCUGCAAGACCAGCCUCCUGUUUUCAAGCAUGCGCCUUACUCGGUUGUUGUCCCAGAAAACCUACCGCCUAGCACACCAGUGCUGGAAUUCAACGUACAAGACGGAGAUUCGGGGAAUUGGAGACCGCUGAAAUUGACCAUCACGUCGGAUCCUCGAGGAUAUUUUUCACUGAUGUUCGACAAGAAUGAGAAGGGCGUUCAUCAUGCCAAAUUGAUAACUACUAAAAAUAUGAUUGAUCGAGAAGAUCCUUCUGCUCCGGAUGGGUUGUAUUCUGUUCAAGUUAAAGCUACCGAAAUUCGUGAAGAUGGAAGUGAUGGGGAUUCUGCAUCAACUGUGAUUGACGUGAUAGUGAAAGAUGCUGAUGAUCAAAUGCCCAUGUUCAGUUUGAACAGAGUUGAACUCACGGUUCCGGAAAGUAUUGAAAACGGCGUUGCUCUUCCUGGCCUGAACCUGCUAGUAACUGAUUUGGACGAGGCAGAAAAUGCGGAAUUCAUUUUGAAGUUCGUAAACGUGAAGAACUCCGAAGGCGUUUUCAGCGUGUUCCCAACAAGAGUUCGCGGUCGAGCCGCCGUGCAAAUACACGUUUUGAACUCCGCGGCCCUUGAUUACGAAGACCCCGAAAAACGGGAGUUCGAGUUCAAAAUUUUCGCGGAGCCUGUGAGAAGUUUCGUUGGUAACAAAGGGGACAUUCCAUUUGCCUCGGUGAGGAUCAAAUUGUCAGAUGCUAAUGACAAUGAUCCUAUGUUCGACAAGAGCGAAUUUGUGAUCGACGUGCAAGAAAACAUCAAGGCCGGACACCAGAUUGCCCAGAUAAAUGCGACUGAUAAGGAUAGUGGGGAAUUCGGAAGAAUCCGCUACUCUGUUCAGGGCUUUGGAGCAGAGAAGUUUUCAGUCAAUCCUGUGACCGGGCAGAUUUUUGUUGUGGAUUGCGGGCUUCCAUCGUGUUUGGACUACGAGUUGAGGAAGUUGUACUAUUUGCUGCUCGUUGCGAGAGACGGUGGUGGGCGUGAAUCAGCUGCAAAUUUGCAGAUCAACAUUUUGGACUUGAACGACAACCCACCAGUUUUUGAAAUGGCCGAGUACCGGAGAGCAAUCAAAGAGGGAGAAGCCGUUUUCAUUCCUCCGUUGAUCAUUAAGGCCAAGGAUGUGGACAGCGGUGACAAUGGCAAGGUUAUGUACUCCAUUGUGUCGGGAAAUACGGAAGAUUCUGCAUUCAUUAUAGAACCAUUGUCUGGAAAGUUGACUGCUGCUAGACCACUGUCUGGGGCUGAAACAGAAACUGGGAGAUUUAGGUUGACGGUUGAAGCUCGUGAUGGUGGCGAACCAGUUAGAACGGCGACAGUGAACAUCGUCAUAACUGUUGGGACGGAAGGAAAUGACCGCCCAUUGUUCAGAAAUGCCCCCUAUUCCGCGAAGAUUGAAGAAAAUGCCGCCCGCGGGUCGGUUGUGUUGUCGUUGACGGCGCACGAUCCAGACGGUGAUGACAACUCCAUUAGGUUCAAUCUCGUGUCGGGAGCAAAAGAUCAGUUUGAGGUUGACCACGUAACAGGUGUAGUGACGGUGUCGGCGACGUCCGACCUCGAUCGAGAGAAGAAUGGCCCGGAUUACCGCCUGGUGGUGCAUGCCGUGGACGGUGGCGCCCCUUUUCCGCAGACGGGCACGACCACGGUGUCCAUCACUGUGCAGGACGUGAAUGACGAGCCGCCGCGUUUUUCACGCCGCCUCUAUGCAGGCUCGGUGUCUGAGGCGGCCAACGUGGGGGAUCGUGUGUUGCAAGUCUCGGCGGCAGAUCCAGACGCUGAUUCCAAAUUGCGAUUCUCGAUGUCUGACGACUCCGUGGUGGCGACCGACAAGAACGGGAUCGCCUUGAAGCCAGGCGUCCCGUAUGAUUACAUGCACGUAUUCCGAGUCGAUCCAGAAACAGGAGCGAUCAUUGUGAAUAAACCGCUGGACCAUGUUUUCGUAUCCAUUGUUACGUUGCAAGUGGUUGUGGAAGAUGUUGCGGCUACUAAUGGACAACAGAUGGACACAGCGGAUGUUACACUUUACGUGGAAGCACUAAAUGAUGACAAGCCGGUCUUCAGCGGGGAUUGGACACCUAGCAUUCCAUUUGUGAAUGUGUCAAUGGACGAGGAAUUAGCAGUAGGGACGUUGGUCGUUGUUUUACCUGCCACAGACCCUUUGUUGAACCAUGCCGCAAUUACGACCUACGAAAAGGUGAUCGAUUCCGAUAAGGCUGGAUAUUUUCAAGUUGCCGCAAGCACUGGUGCUGUUUACACAGCCAAGAGGAUGGAUUUUGACUCAAUUAAUGGCAAGAAACAUAUUGUGCAAGUGAGAGCAGUUUCCAGCGACAGACGUCGGUCAAGCACGGCGAAUGUUCUUGUUACUGUGCAAGACGUGAACGAUAAUUCUCCUGAAUUUGUGAAUCCGGUGACUCAGUUGAAGGUGCCAGAAGACACCCUGCCGCAGCGUGCAAUAACUAAAUUCAACGCAGAUGAUGCAGACAGCAACGACGGCUUUGGAGACGUCCGUUACGAGGUUGUGGGGCCCAGUGCGUACUUGCUGAGAGCCGACGAGAUGACUGGAGAAAUUUUUGUGAGAGACGAUGCCAGGUUGGACAGGGAAACCAGCGACAAGAUCAAUGUCACUGUUGCCGCCUUUGACACUCCCCAGGGCGGGCCGUUGAGAAGGAGGACCCAUGUCACGUUUGUCAUGAAGAUCGAAGAUGUGAAUGACAAUGCUCCUGUGUUCUCCAAACCGUCGUACGAAGCAGUAAUUGCGGAAAAUUCGCCGGUUGGGACGUCCUUCUAUAAAGUUCUGGCCACAGACAAGGAUUUGGACGAAAGCGGGACAGUCGAGUACUCUUUGGUUUCGAUUGACGAUGAUGCUGAAUUUUUUGGGAUCACUGCUGACACCGGACUGCUUUUUGUUGCGAGGACUUUGGCCGGACGAGGAAGAAGAGACCCGUACGCAUUGACGGUCCGUGCGAUGGACAAGGGAUUGCCGCCUCUCUUUUCAGAAGCCAGGGUGGCUCUGUACGUGAGCGACGUGGCAGUGAACGAUGGUGUUCCGUAUAUUUCGAAGCCAGCGUCGGGAGAGAUUGCCUACGUUGCUGAGAAUGCGAUUCCGGGAACUCCUGUUUAUCAAGUCGUUGCCAGUGAUCCAGAUGACCCCAGGUCGAACAAUGGCCGUCUAAUUUACUCCUUAUUCGAUGACUUCGACAAAUUCAAAAUCGAUUCGGAAUCCGGGUUAAUAACGAGCUUGGUUGAGCUUGAUCGCGAAGAAAGGGAUACUUACAUUCUGGUGGUUGUGGUGAAGGAUAGUGGAACGCCGCAACAGUUGACGUCCAAGGAUUUGAUAGUGAGGGUUUCUGACGUGGACGAUCACGAUCCAAUUUUCCCGGCACUUUUCAAGAAAGGGCCGGUUGUGAUUCGAGUGGAAGAAGAAAAACCUCUUGGGUCUGUAGUGGGUAAAAUUCGCUGCGUGGACCAAGAUGUUGGAAGAAAUGCAGAAAUCAUUUACAGAAUCAUAGGUGGUUCGGGAUCAGAAAUGGUCCAAGUUAAUUCAACGAAAGACGGAACUGGCCUGUUGGUGUUGAAGAGCCGGUUAGACCGAGAACUCAUGCAGGAAACAUUUGUUGCAGUGCAUUGCUUGAAGAAUUCUUCGAAUGUCGGGAUACAGUGGAAAGCUUACGAUCCAAAUGAGCCAUCACAUGCCUUGUUGCAUAUAAUUGUGGAGGAUAUUGACGACAAUCCUCCGAGAUUCGUGAAUCGAAAUUACACACUCGGAGUACAUCCGACGAUUCGGCAGUUCUCUGAAGUACUUCGUGUCAAAGCAACUGACGUGGAUUCUGCCGCCGAACCUAUUUCUUACGAGUUGACCAACACAUUGUACAUUAAUUUGAACACGGGAGAGGAAAGAAACGUUACGGGUGUUUUCAGUCUGGAGGGAAAAGACGAAAUUUUGACUGCCACGGAUUUCUCCAAAUUCAGCGGAGGGAUGUUCGAGUUGACAAUUGUGGCAAGGAAUGGGGAAUCUGAAAGUCAAAUGGACACUGCAACUGUAAAGAUUUAUGUAAUGCCCGAAGUCAAAUUACUCAAGUUCAUCUUCAAAGAAUCUCCACGCGAAGUUCAAACGAGUUUGGCAGAAUUCCGACAAGACCUGGAAGCUGCAAUCGAGGUGCCAGUUGCCUUGAAUUUGUUCGGGGCCGAGUAUUUGAAAGGAGAGGACGAGUUGGUUGACACAACUAAGACCAGCACAUGUUUCCAUGUCAUUGGUCAAGACGGGGAAGUUUAUGAGAUGGAAAACGCAAAAUUUCUUCUGGACUCUGCGAGAUUGGAAACCGUGCGUCCGGUUUAUAACAAAUACAAGGUUUCCGGCAUUGAGAAAUGUGCUGUCGAGAAGCUGGGUAAGAAGACACAUUGGGUCGAAAUCGGGAUUGUGCUCGUUGGUGGUUUGAUUGCUUUUACCGCGUUGGUAUCUAGCCUCACUAUUUGCUGUUUAUGCAGCAGCUAUAAGAAACGGCAGAAGAAGUUGGAGUACGAGAGGAUGCAGCAGCCGGUUUACAACGUGACGAACGACGUGUACGGAGUGCGAUCGCCGUCUAUUGCACCGUCAAUGAUGAGUGGGGACCCGAGACUGGGAUUCGACGUCCUUCCCGACCCUACGCUUCAUCCUUCGGGCUUUUCACAUGCUUGAAAAAAAAAACGAAAAAAGGGAUCUCGAGAUUAGGUUAGACGACCUCACGGCCAUGUCGAUGAUGAUCAAUGAAAAAUGAUGGCAGCUAAUGAUUGACCAACUUGCUUCCGUUCUAGAGUACUGUAUGUGUUUUUCGUUGUUAUUGUUAUUAUUGUAAUUUUUUUCUUGUUCAUGUAGCGGACGUGUUUUGCUCAAAUGCCAUUGUUUCGAACGCAUUGAGCUAAUAGUGAAUUUUAUUUUGUGCAUAAGAAUUGUUCCGAGUCUGCGGGAAUUACCCAAAUUGUUGUGCGAAUUUUUCCAUGCAACGAACAACCGAUCGAAGAUUUGAUUGAAAAAGAGUUACUGUUCUAUGUCUUCCGUCCAACUGAACAUUCCAACAAUUGUUUUGUGAAUGUCACAUGACCCGAAACGUGGUGAUCUGAGGAACAAAUAUGGAAGUGUUGUGUAUUUAUCGAAAAACUGUUGCAGAAUGUGCUUGUGAUUGUAGAAACAUGGGCUAACGUGUCUUUGAAACAGGAAAACGAAUCGGGAAGAACGAAUCUUUGUCUUCCGCUCAAAGAAACGAUAGGUGCCGAAGUUGUUGAAAUAAAUACAUUCCGGGAAUGUUUGUUUACCUGCAUGAAAAUGUGCAGGAGAAUCUGUCGAUACCUAGGUUUCUUCUAUGAAUCUUUGGGAAAUCCCGUUCAAAUCGUCAUCGCAAUUGAAUGAGGCAUUCUUUCACAACACCUCAAUCCGACCUGACCAAGGUUGAAAUCUCACGAAAUUGAAAGUUCUUGCACCCGAAAAGUAAUCCGUACAAGAUAGUUCACAUGCUCUCAUCUUUAAAAACUUCCUUGGUGUCCUGUUGAGCUAAAACAAUUUGUAC